AUGGCCUCGUCGCCCGGGCUCCUUCGCUUCGAUGCGACCGCGCGCAACAACAAGAAGGGCGGGCAGAAGAACCUGCGCUGCUUUCCGAACUGCUGCAACGGGCUGCACGCGGCCACGGGCUUCUGCGGCGGGCCUGUCGCCGUGCACCUCGACGCGUCCGACGCGACCAAGUCGUACCUCCUCCUCGCCGAGUUCGUGCCGGUCUUCAAGGGCGCGCCGCAGAGUACGCUCUCGAUCGGCCACAUGUAUGUGCUCGAGACGCUCCGCGCGCAGGCCAACAAGGACGCAGACCCGCUUGUGCCCUACUUUGCCGGCCACUCCAUGCAGACGUCAUACUACUUUAACCCGGCGAAGAAGGGCUGGCACUAUGGCUGGAUGAGCAACAAGCACACGUCAGACCGGGAACACGUUCUCUGCGUGCAUCUCCUGGAAGAAGUCAGCGAGACGUUUGGGCAAUGCGUCGACUCGCUCGCGUCACCGCCGUUCACGGUCCACUGCCGACGCCGCUCCAAGACCGAGUCGCCCGUCGUGCCAAUUGUUGUCGCCAAGAAGCGACCGCACUCGCCAUCGUCGUCGGUGACCGCGCCGUCGUCGCCGUCGUCGGACGAAGGCGCUGGCCGCCCCAAGCGGCAAAUGCUGGCGCCCGCCUCGACGCCCGCCUCGACGCCCGACUGGAAGGACGACGACGACGAGUCGCUUUGCAUUGAUGCGCUCUUUCAAAGCGAGGUGCUCGACCUCAUCACCAACAGCACGUGCGACUUUGCACCGCCGCCGCCGUCGACCGAGGCGACGCUCUGGAAUACACUCAUGGACGACGACGCCGACGACGCCGAGCUCCUCGACUUGCUCCUUCCGACGCCGUCCGCGCCGCCGAUGACAGAAGUGCCCCGGUACCAAACGUACUUUACGCCGCAGCGCAACGCAGCGCCGGUCGUCGGCCGGAAGCGACCGGUUCGCAUUCCCGUCGACCUCAAGUAUCCCAAUGGACCAUUGCCGAUUGCGAGCUCGCCCGCCACAUCAGCAUCGCAUGACGCAACGACAGUCGCGCCCAUGCCACCGUGCCGCCGCCACGACCACCGACGCCGGAGCCACAGCAGCGACGACGCCGGCCCACCGGUCGCCAAGUCGUGCGGGCUUCUCUGGAGCAUUGUCCAGCUCGCGUUCUGCCUCACGAUGUUUGUGCAUUUCGUCGGACACAUUUUUUUCCCAACAUACAACGCCUACGCGCCGGCCACGAAUAAUGUCCGUGGUGGCACGGAGGACCCGACGAACCGGCUCACGCCCUUCCUCGUCGACUGCCCGCCGCCGUCCAUGACGUGCGUCCGCGAUGGCUUUGGGCUCCAAGAACUCGCGUCCUGCGUGCACCACAUCGCCGACCGGUGCGCGACUGAAGCGACGGCCGAGAUCACGAUCUACAGCAUUGACGGCAACACCACGCAGCUCGCGUGCGAUGGCAUGACGGCCUGUGCGUCCCAAUUGCAAGCGUUUCUGCCGUCCAUGGGUGCAGCGGAGCUCGAGCACCACAAGGAACACUACCGACGCGAGCACGAGCAGCAAAUCUACACGGGCAUGCAGUACAAGUUUAUCCUCUUCAUGGCCAUGUGCACGCUCAUUUCGUUUUUCGCGCUGCAGCGGUCGUUCCAGAAAUGCCUCAAAAAGUGCCAAUGGUUUCGCCACCGCCGCCUCCACCCCGAUGACCACAUAGCCUAGUUUGUGCAUCGGUUCGUUUAGUUAAUAGU